CCAGGUUCCAUCCGACUGACCCACGGGGUUAUAAACUCUGGUAGUUCUGGUAGCAGUCCUCUGGGAUCAAGCCUGAGCAAGACCGGAAGUCAUAAGAUAUCAGUAGUCAGCAGUGUGUCACAGUCAAGGUUGAAAGGUACAGAAAUCAUCCUAAAUUAAGGAAGGUUUACCAAGAAGAUAUUCGGCAAUCUCAUGACCAUGAUGAUUAAGGUUAUGAGAAAUUGAGCCGGCACCUGGAAAACCAUCAGAAACAAGGCCUGUGUGUGUGGAAUACCAACACACAUCCAUAUGAAGCCAUUUUUCUUUGAGAUCAACUUAUCUCAGACAAAAUGGUGGAUCAGCUCCAAGGGAAAUGGAAAUCGGUUUCUUGUGAAAAUUUCGAAAAAUAUAUGAAGGAAAUGGGAAUAGGAAGAGCCAACCGGAAACUGGGUCGUUUGGCAAAACCCACUGUGACCAUCAGUACAAACGGAGAUGUGAUCACCAUAAAAACCAAAAGCAUCUUUAAGAAUAAUAAGAUCUCCUUCAAACUGGGCGAAGAAUUUGAAGAAACCACACCAGGUGGCCAUAAAACCAAGAGUACCGUGACCUUAGAUAAUGACACCUUAGUCCAAGUUCAGGACUGGAAUGGCAAGGAAACCACCAUUCGGAGGAAGCUGGUAGAUGGCAAAAUGGUGGUGGAAAGUGCUGUGAACAAUAUCAUCUGCACAAGGACAUAUGAGAGAGUGUAAACGUACUCAGUCUCAUGCCCUUGCCACUCCCAAACUGUGAUCGAACUGCUGAAGUUGUUUGAAUCAAACUCCAAAGUUAACUGUUAA